UAUGUGCGAAUGGUGGGAAGAAGCUCGCUGCCUGCCAAAAGAUAUCCAACUUGAUGUCCCUCACCCCCAAUGGGGUAAGAUUGACCAAACUGAUGAUGAUAUUUGGAACAUGCUGGGGAAUCAAACUCCAAUAGGAGACUAUGGAGAUUUUGGUUUCGAUGUUUUGGAUAUAGAAGACAAUGCCAGCAAAGGGUUGGAGGAAUGUGGACAGCCUUCACAGAAUAAAAGGCGGCGCAUGUUGCAAUUCAGUUCUGAUGGCAAUGACACUAGCAUGGGCAACGAGCAAAUCAACUUUACUACUGUCAAUUCUAAGAAUGGAGACCUAGAGGUGAGGGAGGAUGUGCCACUGAUAGGAGUUGGUUUGUCAGAAAACUUGCAGUGGACUCCCGAACUGAAUUCAUGUUUUCCAAAUAAUAGGUGUGUCUUUAAUGAUGAAGGCUUGGAUCACUCAUCCAAUGCGUGGCUUGCAGAUUGUCUUAAUGAAACUGAGAUGCAUUACAGCACUGAUGAUAUGCCUUCCAGUAGGAAUGAUCAUGUUGCCUCCUAUGACCAAGUUGGUCUUUCAGAGUUCCCAAACACAGCACAUGAGUUGGAAACUGAAGUUGUGCAAGAGACUAUUGGUCACACCACUCUUAGAAUCUUCAAAGGCAAGAAAUCAUACAUUAAAUCUCCAACAAAGUUGACAUCCUCUGUCGCCUAUCCUUUUACCCUAAUCAAACCAUGUGGAUUUCAUGGGGACGUGACUCUAAAGGACAUAAAUCAAAGGAUUCAUGCUCCACCGACAUCACUGUCAAAGCUGAAGAAGGAUGAAGAACCUUCUCUUUCUUAUCCCACUUCAGCUUUUUCUGGGAAGCCAGUAGUUGUCAAAACUAAGAUUCGCACUGAAGGGGGAAGGGGAAGUAUUACAAUCCUAAGAACUAAAGGCUGACUGGACGAGUGUUUCUUUAUUCUAAGGGACCUGGCAUCUCACUCAUGCAUUCAAACUUGUGUUGGUUUUGCAUGGCAAGCUGCAGCUAUCUACUUUAGAACUAGCACAUCAGAUCCUUUGCUUGGUAUUGGAUCCUUUGCCAAAACUCAUUUUUAGCAUCUGAUUUUCAUUUUAUUGUUUUAUUUAAAGUUGUAGUGUUGAGUGACAUGCAGCUAUUAAAAUUUGUGUUCCA